AAGGAAGGUUUAUGUAGCCUAGUUGCGUGUCUUUAGGCAGAAACAUUUCGAUGCAGCAACUAAAACUAAGUAGCCUAUUAUCUUUGUGUAGCUGAUGGCACGCUAAGCACCUUUUGAUUUAAUGGUUGAAUGUAGGGUUAUGUUAAUGUCGUAGAUCAGCGCGAGAAAAAAAAAACUUGUCAGCUGGUUUAAAUUUUCAGUCAGGAAGCGAGAGAUGCAAUGCGGAAGAUAAUAAACAUUUCUCCAUUGUACAGUUGUGUGAGUGAGUGCGCGUGUCAAACCGCGUAGAAGCGCGAGCCACGCCGCGACCAGAGAGGGGUUCCCCUUUCCAACAGAGCAGGGAGGCUGACAGAGGCUCCUUAACGUGUGAAAACUCGGACAACUAACAACCAGAAAGUACCGCCGUGGAUCGACUGAACACCUAAAGUCAAACUGCUUUUCUGAAAGUGAAAUGACCAGAUUUGAAGGUUAAAGUGCAUCUGUUUUGCGCCUCUCGUCGUGCGCUCUCACGACGGAUUUAGGUCUCCGAUGCCCAAAGAGUGCAGGAGAAAGACCUCCAAGGACUUCGGGCUUUCUGGAAUAAACGAGGGGUCGCGUUCAGAGCGGAGAACAGCCGCGAAGUCGUCGCAGAUUUGCGAUGGUCUCAUUCAGAAAGCCGCUCAAAUCGCCCCGUCGUCCGCCGCCGGAGCGCCGACUGUGAUGGAUGCGCGCCGGGUACCGCAGGUAACCAUCACCCCGGAGGGAGGCGGCUCCUCCCGGGAAAUGCAGCAGGAGGAUUGGGAUGAUGUGGUGGACGGAUCCCUGCGCAGGAAGCUGUCCAACUCAUCUAUCUCCUCUGGAGGGUCCUCCGCUGUGGAGUCCGAGGAUGACCUACUCAGUGACAACGAGACCAAAAGCAAAGGCAUCAUCACGUUAGAGCACCUUGGGGACACCGGAGAAAGCAAGCCGUGGUGGAAGUUAAAGACGAUCGUCCACUGGCCCUUUAGUGCUACCCAGAGGAGAAAACUGAGCUGGGUUCAGCUAGCCGGGCAUAAAGGUAACUUCAAAGCAGCAGACGAGGGCACCAUCCUGAAGAAGUUCUCGGAAAACGAGAUGCAGUGUUUUGAGAAGCUGAGGGAUGACGCACUCCUACCGUUUGUGCCCGGUUACCACGGCACUGUGGAAAAAGAUGGAGAGACUUUCCUUCAUAUGACUGACCUGCUGGCGAACUUUGACCAUCCCAAUGUCAUGGACUGCAAGAUGGGAGUGAGGUAAGGAA